AUGUCGCCCUUUGUGCUCCGCACGAAGAUCUGGGGAGACUUCCGAUUGAAAGAAAGUGGUCACAUCAUAGCCGUCAUCACAGGCACCGAUGCAGACCGUGGCCACGAAAUGUCUACAUUCUCAACUUUACGGUCUGACGAGUUGAACAUCGAAGUUUUCGGGCUCCAGUCGGGCAAGUACUUCAUCAAGGUAUUUCUCGUGGAUGGACUAGACAGGACGAGGAGCUGCUGGUAUACACACACCACGUCCUUCGCGGUUCAGAAAAGCGACCCGCAGAAUCGGACGGAUGCUCUCAGGAGGAAUCUUCGUCUCUACGAGGCUGGUUAUCGCGGUAGGCCGGCCGCUGAGGAGCCUCUGUUACUACAGCCAAGAUCCGGAAAAGAUUUCGCGUAUGUCACAAUCAUCUGGACCGAAGAUUAUGUGGACAAUGCAAUCGUAUGGGCAACGGGUCUUAUCGCUUCUGGCUCAACGUUUCGCCGGCUUUGCAUGGUAGCCAGAGGCAAAAUUGAAAGGAGAAAGAUUAGAAUUCUUUCGAGGUGCUGUUGCGACAUUUAUUUGACCGAUCCGAUUCAAUCCCCUGCUCUCUCAAUCAGCCGGUCGAGUCGGUACGAGUUCGUAUUAACGAAGCUGCGCGUGCUGCAACUUGACCAGAAGGGGAUCAGGAAGAUCGUCAUGAUGGAUGCAGAUACGCUGGUAUUGCAAAAUGUUGAUGAACUUUUCUGGUUGCCGUCUCCUUCUGCCACGGUGAACAAGGACACUUUGAUGGGCGAGCUGGACAAGCCCAAGUUGAGUGCUGGCGUGAUGGUCCUGGAGCCCGACAGUGUCAAGUUCGACCAUCUCCUUGAAGGCCUCCACGGGGUGGAGACGUUGUCGCCGUUCGUUGAGCAAGACUUGCUGGAUGCAUAUUUCAACCACAGCUACAACAUCAUACCGCUCACGUACAACCUUUAUCCAGAAUUGCUGGACGUCAUGCCAUUUCUUCAUUAUGAGAGCGACAAUGAAGGCAAUGACAUGUUGCCAAACUUCUCCCUCCCAAUGGACAACGGAAUCAAGAUAGUUCAUCUGUGGCAUCUUUUCAAUCCUUUCCAAACGUUUGCCUACAAGGGUGCGCAGUAUCUCCAGAUAAAUGCGAAGAUGGUGCAUCGGCAGAUGUGGAGAUGGUACACACUUUUCUGGACUCUUCACCAACGAGGGCUCCAACGUGGCGCGCCAGAGGAGUACCCCAGGUGGAAGCAGCGCUGUGUUGAAAGAUCCCAGGCAUUUGGCCCUGUCCAAAGCCGCAGGUUUGUUCCUGUCCUUGGCACCAGUGGGGGAAUAGAAGUCUGUCGCCACGUUGACGGGCUGGCUUGGUAA